AUGGCUGAGAAUUCAUUAUCUAUUCCUGACUUAAUUGCCAAGAAACGUGAUGAUAUAGAACUUAGUCCCGAUGAAAUAAAACAAUUUAUACAAGGACUAUCAAAUGGAGAUGUUCAAGAUUGUCAUGUUGGUGCUAUGCUUAUGGCAAUUUAUAUUCGAGGUAUGACAGAGAAAGAAAUUUGUUCAAUGACAAUGUCUAUGCGUGAUAGUGGUGAACGUUUAAAUUGGCCACAAUUUCGUGGUUCAGUCGUAGAUAAACAUUCUACAGGAGGUAUAGGUGAUAAAAUAAGUAUUCCAUUAGCACCAGCAUUAGCAGCAUGUGGAUUAAAAGUACCAAUGAUGUCUGGUAGAGGUUUAGGUAUAACUGGUGGUACAUUAGAUAAACUUGAAUCGAUACCUGGUUAUCAAGUACAAUUAACAGAUGAACAAAUUACUGAUUUAAUUACAAAUGUUGGUUGUGGAAUAAUUUCACAAUCUCCUAAAUUAAAUCCAGCUGAUCGUUAUUUAUAUAAAAUACGUGAUGUUACAGCAACUGUUCCAAAUAAUGCAUUGAUUGUAUCAUCAAUAUUAUCAAAAAAAGCUAUUGAAGAUCUUGAUGCUCUUGUUCUUGAUAUUAAAUAUGGUUCAGCAGCAUUUAUGAAAACAACUGAAGCUGCUGAAGUUUUGGCUGAAUGGUUAUUUAAAGUAUCGACAAUGCUUGGAAUGAAGACCUGUUGUUAUAUAACGGAAAUGAAUAAUCCUAUUGGAUAUUGUAUGGGAAAUGCAAUUGAAAUUCAAGAAUCACUCGAUCUUAUGACUUAUAAAUUAGGUCAUUCAACUGAUUUAGAAGAAUUAAUUUGUGAACAAGGUGGUCGACUUCUUUUACUUAUUAAUAAAGUAGAAACGAUUGAACAAGGUCGAGAAAUGAUUCGUAAUACAUUUAAAAAUGGAUCAGCUCUACAAAAAUUCCAUGAUAUGCUUAUUGGUCAAGGUGUAUCACGAGAUAUUGCAAAACAAUUAAUAAGUAAUGAUGAAACAAUUGUUGGAUCAAUAUUAAAACUUAGUGAUAUAUGUCAUCAAGGAAUAUCAUUACAAGCUGGAUAUGUCGAAUCAAUUGAUGCAUUUAAACUUGGUACUAUUGUUCAACGUCUGGGUGGUGGACGUUUAAAACCAAUGGAUACACUUGAUUUAUCUGUUGGUAUUCGUUUAUUAAAACAUGUGGGUGAUUCUAUUCAACAGAAUGAACCAUGGGCAAUUUUAUAUGCACCUGCAGAUGCUUCGAAACGUUAUCCGAAAUUUUUAGAUGAUUUAAAUGCUUCAUUACUCGUUAGUUCAACACCUGUCAAACCUUUACAACGUGUUUAUAAAAUAUAUUAA